AUGAGAUUAGAGGUACAAUGGCAAAAAAAUUUAUAUGAAAAUUAUGGUUUGCCAGAUAAUUAUACAGAUAGCUCAUUUUUGGAACAAUUACGUAAAAACAUAAAACCAAAUAAUGUGACAUUAAUAGAAGCAAUAAGUUUUGGCGCUAGUAUAUGUAUCCAAUUAAAUAUUGUGAUUCUUUUUGUUAUAAUAUUUAUUUGGUUAAACAAUGAGUGGACCAGUCCUGAUAUCAUAUUUAUAUUUGGUGUAAUAUUUACAAUAUUUGGCUAUUUUGUAUACUGUUUGAAAGAGCCAAGUAUUUUAAUUGAAUUAACAAAACAUGUUAGAACUGUAUUGAUUUUUCUUACAUUUGGAUAUAUUUUAUCACCUGUUUUAAAAACUUUAACUGAAACCAUUAGUACAGAUACGAUUUAUGCUAUGACAAUAUUAAUGUUCUUUGUACAUUUAAUAUUUAGCAAAUAUGGUUCAAUGCAAAUCUCCUUGUCAGAUUCUUUAUCCAUAACAUCUUCAAUUUUUGGCUCUUUAAUGUUAGCAUCUAGAUUGGCAUCCCCAUUACAUGCUUUUUCUCUUCUUACUGUUUCUGUACAAUGUUUUGUUUUAUUACCAUUUUUAAUGCAUAAAUUAAAUAGCAAAAUACUUAUAUCAAGUUUUUUAACACUAAGUACUUUGUACUUUCUUUUAUUGGUUUCACAAACUCUUUCUUAUGUAUUUAUUGCAUCCAUAAUAUUUUUACAUUUUAUUUGUCCUUAUUGGUAUGUAAGAUGUCAAAAGUAUAAGGAUAAUAUUUAUGGACCAUGGGAUGAGGCUGUUAUUACAUCUUAA